AUGGAAGCUCCUAAAAACUCAUCAGGCGAUGAAAGCGAGAAUUCUUAUGCCGAUAUCUCACGAUCUAUUGAAUGCAAAUCUCCUGCACAAGUAGUUCCUUUUCCUCCUAUGUCUAUAGCAUCUCAUGGCUCUACCAUUAUAAGAUCACCCUCACAAGGCUUAUUCAAUGAGUCUGGCCGUAGCAGUAUUGAGCCACCUUCAGAGGUGGCUAUCAAACUAGAAAACGUCCACAAGACAUAUUUAAUAGGAACUGAAGGGGUGGCAGCACUUAGAGGUGUCUCUUUUAUAGUUAAAAAAGGAGAAUUUGUGUGUAUAUUAGGGACAUCAGGAGGAGGUAAAACGACUUUAUUGAAUAUUAUGGGAACUAUAGAUAAACCUACCAAAGGGCAUGUCUGGAUCUUUGGGUCAAGAAUUAAAGCAAACACUCGUGAUAGUUUUCUUGCUGAUUUAAGAACGAAACGCUUAGCUUUUGUCUUCCAAACCUUCAACUUAAUUGCGUCUAUGACUGCAAUAGAAAACGUUGAGCUUCCAAUGCUACUUUAUGGAAAGCUGUCUCCAAGCGAAAUAAAGACCAGGGCAAGAGAAUUAUUGGCAAAAGUGGGUUUAGAAGAGCGCACAGACCAUUUUCCAAACCAAUUGUCAGGAGGUGAGCAGCAAAGAGUCACAAUAGCCAGAGCUCUUGCAAAUGACCCUGAGAUCUUAUUAUUGGAUGAGCCAACGGGUGAUCUUGAUACAAAAAACACUGAUAUUGUGAUGAAAAUUCUGCUUGAUUUAAAUAGAGAAGGGAAAACUCUAAUUAUGGUGACUCAUGAUGUAAGCUUGAAAAGCUAUGCCCACAAAGUGGUAAGAGUAAUGGAUGGCAAAUUAAUUAGACAAGAAGAAAUCACUGAAGAAGAAAGAUCUUCUAUGAUUGAAAGGCAUAGUGAAGGAAAAGCUGCAUUGAGGACUGGAACCAACGUGCAGCUAACUAGUGAUAUGCCUAGAACCACAUACCGAAAGCCAGCUGAUUACCCAGCCUUGCAGCCUAGAGUAUCAUAA